AUGAAACCACCCAAAGGAAACUCUGAGCUUCUCGCCUCCCUUGUGAAAAAAGCAGAAGCCGAUGUUUCUCUGAAAGUGCCGGUGGUGAUGCGGAGGCUCUAUGAGCUGGACCCAAAUGAGAGCACCACAUCGAUAUUGGAGGAGUUGAUCAAUAAUGGGCCAAAGCAAAAAAAUAUCUUGAGAUCUCGUGAGGACGUUCGUGCUCUUGCACCACAGGCGCCAAAACUGAACAUUCUACGGUUUGAGUGUAAAAAUGCCUAUAUCGGGAGGAGAGACUUCUUUAAUAUUCAGCCUGUUGCCAGAGAAAGACUAUAUGCGUACGUGCAACCACUAACAAAAGGUCUACGAUUUGAUGUGGUCAAGGCUAGAGAUCCACUAAGUCUCUUGUUCACAGGUGCUUAUUAUCUUAUAUUUCCAAACCACUUGCAAGCAUGCCUUUACUAUAUGGAGACUAGAGACAGGUUGAUCAACGGCUUCGAUGUCAAUUUAGAAUUCGUUUCACCCGUACAGAAACACUUGAGUCGGAUGGGGUCUCCACUACUUGAGCCAAGUAACCUGUUUGAAAUACUGCUGUCGUUGACCUCUGCUGUCAAGGCUUCAUUUGAGACCGUGUUCGAAAAGUCCAAAGAAAAGUCUCUUAUCCUAGAAAAGCUCAAAGAGCUUCAAGACGCGAAGGACGAUUCAAUUGUUGAACCUCAUCCUAAUUACAAGCUUCUUCAGCGCUUUCUGAACAUUCCGUCACGAUAUCAGCUGGUUCUCGUGAAAAAUUUGCCCUUUGGCGUGAACAAUCAAAUAAUAUCUAGUCUACUAUGGGACUAUAAGUUCUUGGAUGUUACAAAACCAGAACACUCAUGGAGGGACAUUGUCGUUGAUCCUGCUACACAAACACAUUUGACUUUAAUAAACUUUGGAGACGAACAAAGCGCAUUCAGGUUUGUUCGGAACCAUCACGGUCGCAAAUGGGAGCCAUUAAAUAAGGAACGAGAAAAGCAGUUGUACCAGCCAGUGCUUUGCGAAAUCCUUGAAUAG